AUGCCUCUCUUUUCUUCUUCCACCAAACUGACGCAUUCCCCUCGUGCUCAGGCCUUCGAGAAUGCCUCCACCAGCGUUGCUGCCUCUCAGAUGCGUAAUGCUCUGAACGCCCUCGCCGAGACUGUUCCCGACCCCAACGAGAAGAAGCGCUUCGAGGCCGAGAUGGACAACUUCUUCGCUCUCUUCCGCAGAUUCCUCAACGACAAGGCCAAGGGCAAUGUUGUCAACUGGGACCGCAUCAACCCUCCUCAGCCCAAUCAGGUCAUCGACUACAGCGAGCUGGGCACCGAGGCCUCGGUGGAGUUCCUGAACAAGCUGGCCGUCGUCAAGCUCAACGGCGGUCUCGGUACCUCCAUGGGCUGCGUGGGCCCCAAGUCCGUCAUUGAAGUCCGUGAGGGCAUGUCCUUCUUGGAUUUGUCCGUUCGUCAGAUUGAACACCUGAACCGCACCUACAACGUCAACGUGCCCUUCGUUCUGAUGAACUCGUUCAACACCGACCAGGACACCCAGUCCAUCAUCAAGAAGUACCAAGGCCACAACGUCGACAUCAUCACCUUCAACCAGUCCCGCUACCCUCGCAUCAUCAAGGACUCUCUCCUCCCCGCCCCCAAGAGCUUUGACGCUCCUCUGCAGGACUGGUACCCUCCCGGUCACGGUGACGUUUUCGAGUCGCUGUACAACUCGGGCACUCUGGACAAGCUGCUCGAGCGUGGUGUCGAGUACAUCUUCCUGUCCAAUGCCGACAACCUGGGUGCCGUUGUCGAUCUCCGGAUCUUGCAGCACAUGGCUGACACCAAGGCCGAGUACAUCAUGGAGUUGACCGACAAGACCAAGGCCGACGUCAAGGGUGGUACCAUCAUUGACUACGAGGGCAAGGCCCGCCUGCUCGAAAUCGCGCAAGUGCCCAAGGAGCACGUCAACGAGUUCAAGUCCAUCAAGAAGUUCAAGUACUUCAACACCAACAACAUCUGGAUGAGCCUCCGCGCCGUCAAGCGUGUCGUCGAGGAGAACGAGUUGGAGAUGGAGAUCAUUGCCAACGAGAAGUCCAUCCCCGCCGACAAGAAGGGCGAGGCCGACCAGGCCAUCUACCAGCUGGAGACCGCCGUCGGUGCGGCCAUCCGCCACUUCAAGAACGCUCACGGUGUCAACGUUCCCCGUCGCCGUUUCCUGCCCGUCAAGACUUGCUCCGAUCUCUUGCUGGUCAAGUCGGAUCUCUACCGUCUUGAACACGGUCAGCUCGUCAUGGACCCCAACCGCUUCGGCGGUGUCCCCGUCAUCAAGCUGGGAUCCGACUUCAAGAAGGUGUCGGACUUCCAGAAGCGCAUCCCCAGCAUUCCUCGCAUCGUCGAGCUGGAUCACCUCACCAUUACCGGUGCUGUCAACCUCGGCCGCAAUGUCACCCUGAAGGGAACCGUCAUCAUUGUCGCGACCGAGGGCAGCACGAUCGACAUCCCCCCUGGCUCGGUCCUGGAGAACUGUGUGGUCCAGGGCAGCUUGAGAAUCCUGGAGCACUAG